AUAUCAUGCGCUAACAGAAAAUACUUACAACAACACGAAAGCAACAAGCCAUCUGAAUUUCCAUAUUUUUAAAGGUAGCUGUUUAAUAAUGGCAGGAAUAAAACUACUAGAUUCGUGGGCUAGUCCUGCUGCAAUGAAAGUGAGAAUAGCAUUGGCUGAGAAAGGAAUCGAGUAUGAGUCCAUGGAAGAGGAUUUGCCACACAAGAGCCCUCUGCUUCUAGAGAUGAACCCAGUCCAUAAGCGAAUCCCCGUUUUGAUCCACAAUGGUAAGCCCAUAUGUGAAUCGAUGAUCAUAGUUGAGUACAUUGACGAGGUCUGGAAUGACAGGUCUCCUUUGCUGCCUUCAGAUGUUCAGGAGAGAACUCGAGCAAGGUUUUGGGUUCACUUAAUUGACAAAAAGAUUUAUAGCCUUAUUAGACGGUUGGUAUGGUCAUCAAGCAGUGAUAACAAAAAAGCAGCCGCGAAGGACCUCAUCGAGUUCUUCAAAGUAAUAGAAGGAGAGCUUGGAGACAAGCCCUAUUUUGGAGGAGAAGGCUUUGGCUUUGUUGAUGUUGCCCUUGUUCCUUUCUAUGGGUACUUCUAUACUUAUGAGACGUUUGGGAACUUCAGAUUUGCUAUAGAGUGCCCCAAGCUUGUUGAAUGGGGUAAGAGAUGUUUGCAAAAGGAAAGUGUGUCCAAGAACCUACCUGACCCAUACAAGGCCUACGAGUUUGUUAUGGAGCACAGGAAGAAGCUUGGGAUUGAAUGAACUUAUUACAUCGCACGCAAAUCUACUACACAAUAAGGCUUCACGUCACUCUUUUUGUAUUUGAUUUUCUCUUGAUUACCUUCAGCUUGUCUUCGUUACCCUGUUUCUCUGUACAUGGGUUGCCCGGCCUUGACUAAAUUUAUUGGGAUUUUACUUUUCUUUACUACGUAAUACAAAAAUUUUCAUUUCCCACAAGGGAAUUCGUUGGUGAUGUAAUAUCAUGUCCUCUUUUACCUAUUCCAUAAAUAAAUAAAGAGUAAAUUGAGAAA